AUGGCCGUGAUUGUGACUCAAGUGAAGGACGGCCUCGAUGGCACGAGCAUCCUCUGCAAUGAUGCCUUCUGUUAUCAGAUUCCUGAUCCCCUCUUGCGACUCAAUAACGAGGAUAAGGACGGAAGGGUGGAGGGAGAGGGUGAACGGAGGGCUGACGAAGACGAGGGUGUUGCUGACGUGGCUGAUGGAGGAGGGGAUGCAGGCUCAGAGGGGGAUGGAGAGGUUGGAGGGGAGAAAAGAGGGGUUGCAGUUGGAAAGAGGGAUGGCGAAGGUAGGGGUGAGGAGAGUGUUACAGCCGAGGAGAGGGAUGGAGAGGGAAGGGGCGGGGGUGGAGGUGUGGGAAGACGCGUUGCAACUGGAGUAAGGGACGAGAGGAGAAGGGCGGGAGGAGGAGAUCCGACGGUGCAGGGAGAGGAUUCUGCUGACGUGGACACACGCAGUGAUGCCACGUGUCCUGAGCUUCUCCUCCUGCGACAUGGCACGCACCUCUUCCCCAUGCAUGGGAUCCCCAGCCACACCUUCCGCCUCGCCCCACCACUCGCCCCAGCACCCCCCUCGCUCUCUGGAGCGCCCAUCAGCCUUGUCUCUCUGCCUGCCCACUGCUGCUCUCCCCACACUCCCGAAUUUUCAACUCCUUCCUCUACCCGCCUCCCCUUCCCCAUCCCAGGCACUCACCUCUUCCCCAUCGGAUCCCCACCCGCGCCUGCAGCGUCCACUCACCACCAGCCGCCUCGCUCUCUGGAGCGCCCAUCAGCGCUGGCUCUCUGCCUGCACGCCACUGCUCUCCCCGCGCUGCCCUUCUUCUCGCCCUUCAUCGCGCCGCCUCCGCCACUGGAGAACGCAGAAGUGGCGAUGCACCGCAGAGUGAUGCAGGUGAGAGGGAGAGAAAAUGCACCACCACCGCACACGGUGACAGCCUCUCUGUGUGUCCCCCCUCAUGCUGUGCUGUUUGAAUGCACACCCCUGCACGCCAUUUCUCCCCCCCCCCCCGCCGCCCUUCAUCGCCCCACCUAUGGAGAAAGCAGAAGUGGCAAUGCACCGCAGAGUGAUGCAGCUCUCCCCAUGCUGCCCUUCUUCUCGCCCUUCAUCACCCCACCGCCGCCUCUGGAGAACACGGAAGUGGAAAUGCAGCACAGAGUGAUGCAGCCCUGGCUCUCUGCCUGCCUGCACGCCGCUGCUCUGCCCGCGCUGCCCUUCUUCUCGCCCUUCAUCCCUCCGCCUCCUCCACUAGAGAACGCAGAGGUGGCGAUGCACCGGAGAGUAAUGCAGGUGAGCGCGGCUGGCCCAUGCCCUAUAAAUGCACACGCCUGCAUACUGCAUGCAGGGGCGAGAGGCAGACAGCCAUACCACCCCCCAUCACCACCCGCUGCCACCUCUGGGGAACGUAAAAGUGGCGAUGCACCGCAGAGUGAUGCAGGUGAGAGAGACACUGAGAGCCCUUCUUUCCAUCUAUCUCUUCCCUACUCUCAUCAUCCCAUGCUCUCUGCCUGCCUGCUCGCCGCUGCUCUCCCCGCACUGCUCUUCUUCGCGCCCUUCAUCGCCCUGCCACCGCCUCUGGAGAAUGCGGAAGUGGCAAUGCACGGAAGAGUCAUGCACAGGAGAGUCAUGCACAGGAGAGUCAUGCACAGGAGAGUCAUGCACAGGAGAGUCAUGCACAGGAGAGUCAUGCACAGGAGAGUCAUGCACAGGAGAGUCAUGCACAGGAGAGUCAUGCACAGGAGAGUCAUGCACAGGAGAGUCAUGCACAGGAGAGUCAUGCACAGGAGAGUCAUGCACAGGAGAGUCAUGCACAGGAGAGUCAUGCACAGGAGAGUCAUGCACAGGAGAGUCAUGCACAGGAGAGUCAUGCAUGUGAGAGUCAUGCAUGUGAGAGUCAUGCAGGUGAGAGUCAUGCAGGAUAUUGCCAACCUGACGGCUCACCUGGAAGGCGACCCAAGCAACGCUCACCUGCUGCUGGAGCGAGGCAAGGCGUGGUACAGCAUCCACCGCUUCUCAGAGGCCAUAUCCGACCGCCAAUGUGUUACCCUCUUGGGUUCAGAGCUGACCAACCCUCGUUGUUGUCACACUACCCCACCCCUCCCAGGCAAGGCGUGGUUCAGCAUCCACCGCUUCCCAGAGGCCAUAGCGGACCGGCAGCGAUGCGUGGCCCUCCUGGCGGCCUCUGCUGCUCAUUUCAACCCGUGCAGCAGUGGGAGCGGCUACCACCCCUCCGACCUGCCACGGGCACUGCUCUCCCUGGGCCAGGCCCUACAUGCAGCAGGCAGGGUGCAGGAAGCAGUGGAAGUUAACGAACGCGCCGCCGCCCUCAUCCCAUCCCAGAACCUCACAAUUCCUGCCACGUCAGCAGCAGCCACGUCAGCAGAAGACACAUCAGCAGCUGCCAGCUCAGCGGAGUGGGUGACGGCGUCAGGGGCGUGGGGGAUGGUGGGGCUGUCUUACCAUUGGCUGCCGGAUGCGGACAAGGCUGAGAGGGCGUUCCGAUUGGCUGUUGAGGCGGACCCCCGCCCAGGAACCCCACCAGCACAGUUGAUUUUUGAGUCGACUCAAAAAGCAGCCCAGGAACCCCACCAGCACAGGCCAUCGCAGGAACCCCAAGGCCUACCAGGGCUGGGCAAUGCACCGACAGAUGACAGGGGACCUGAAUGGGUCUCCCUCACCCCUCUUAAUGCACCCAAGGACCACUCGUCUUCCUCUCUUUCCCCAUCCCUCCCCUCCCCACGUCCUUGCUCUUCCCACACGCUUCUCAUCGAUCUUUUCACCCUCCAAACACCCACCAGGGACACCAUUUUUCUCCUCACCAAGCGGUUCUCCCUUGCUCCUCGCCUCGCACGCCCCACGGGCUGCUUUCUCCCACGCCAGAUGCACCAGUCGUCUUCUUUAAUAUCACAUAUCCUACGCCCCUUUCAUUUCACCCACACCCGCACCAGAGGUACCAUCCCUCUCCUCGUCAAGUGGUUCUCCCUCGCUCCUCGCACCCCCAAGGACAACUCGUCUUCCUCUCCUUCCAUCCCCUCGUGCCCUUCUGCUUGCUCUUUUGAGGCGCCUCAAAACUCGCACCCCCAAGGACCAUUCGCCUUCCUCUACUUCCAUCUCCUCGUGCCCAUAGGCACCAUCGCUCUCCUCACCAAGUGGUUCUCCCUCGCCCCGCGCACCCCCAAGGACCAUCUCACCCUGGGCUGCUGUCGGCAGGCCCUGGGGCACAUGGCACACGCGGUUAGUGCAGCACUGCGCACGGGUUCAGGGGUGGAGCUUGUGUGA